AUGAGUUCCUCCAGCGCAGACAGUUACGGUCACCACAUCCGAAACCGCUUCAAUUCCGAGCAGCCAAAUCCAAGUGUUGGUACAACCUUUGAGUAUGGCUGGUACCUGAUUUCUCGGCGGUGCGCUCAGGAUGUCGAAGAAGGCAUUAUCAUGCUUCGACGUUGUAUGGAGUAUGACCUUGCUCUGUAUCGAGAGUCAAUGUAUUCAAUAGCCCUAGGAUACAGCUUUCUAAAAAGAUACGAUGAUGCUCGCUACUGCACGACGACACUUUUGCGUGAAUACCCGAACGACAUGGAAGCAAUUAAACUUCACGCUGAGUUGAAGGAAAUGAGAGACAGAGAAGCGAUUGCUGCAAGCUCCUGUAUUGCUGUUUGUACAGCCACGACUUUUGGUCUCCUCUUAGCUUCUUGGAUCCACGCAUUAGUUACGAAAGAUCGUUAG